ACCAAAAUGGCGAGCGUAACGGGGAGAAAACAUUUGUUUGCCAUAUUUUGAAAACUCGCUUUUGUGCUGUUGGGGAACAUCUGUUGUUACAGCAAUUCAACGGGAGCGCAACACGUGCCAUCAUUUCCAGUUUACGUUUUUCUGCAUAUGCAUCAUUUUAAACGAGGGAAGUGACCGAAUGAGUUUAAAGUUAUGCUCACGUGCGACAGAGACUCGGUCGCAAACCAGCUGGGCUCCCAUCAGAAGUCUCCAUCCCAUCGUCAAGACCAGUCACCUGUGUCCUUGUCCAAACUCUCCCUCAAAGAUGGGCAGAGUGACACAACCAAGCUCGCCAGCAAGUUUGAGGAAGGGCAAGACGUGUUAGCUCGAUGGUCAGAUGGCCUGUUUUACCUGGGGACAAUCACAAAGAUAAACAAACAAAAGCAUAGCUGUUUUGUGGUUUUUGAAGAUCAGUCCAAAUCGUGGGUUCUUUGGAAGGACAUUCAGACAGGGGACAGUGGAGGGGAGAUGCUUUGUACCAUAUGUCAGAAUGAAAGCUCAGAACCACCAAAUGAAAUGGUCAUCUGUGACAAGUGUGGACAAGGAUACCAUCAGUUCUGCCAUGCUCCAAUCAUUGACUCCAGUGUCAUUGCUUCUGAUGAUAAAUGGCUCUGCCGGCAGUGUGUGUUUGCCACAACAACAAAGAGGGGUGGCGCACUCAAGAAAGGGCCAAAUGCCAGAGCCCUGCAGGAGAUGAAGCAGUCACUGCCCUACGCCAUCGAGGAGCUGGUGUGGGACCAGGGCCACAAGACCAACACCCAGCAGUGCUACUGCUAUUGCGGAGGGCCAGGAGACUGGUAUUUGAAAAUGCUCCAGUGCAACAGAUGUAAGCAGUGGUUUCAUGAGGCAUGCAUCCAGUGUUUACAGAGGCCUAUGCUCAAUGGAGACAGGUUUUAUUUGUUUAUUUGUUCCGUUUGCAGUAGUGGACCAGAGUACCUCAAGCGACUCCCUCUUAGAUGGGUAGAUGUUGCCCAUCUGAGCCUUUACAAUCUGAGUGUUAUUCAUAAAAAGAAAUACUUUGAUUCAGAAUUGGAGCUCAUGGCUUUUAUAAACGAAAAUUGGGACAGUCUCCAGCUAAGUGAGCUCGCAGACACCCCUAAAUCAGAGAGAUACGAAAGAAUUUUGGAAGCACUUAAUAACAACCCUACCAUGUUCAUGUCCGGGAAGGAGAUAAAAAAGAAGAAGCACCUGUUUGGUUUACGGAUCCGCUGUCCACCAGCCCCCCAGAGUGCAGAGCCACCAUCAGACACGGAGCAGGAAAAGGCCUCACAUGAGAUUAAGAUCAAAGGCAGGAAGUCCACAAAGUCUCCCCACUCCUCGAGCACUGUCACCAAUGGAGUGUUAAAGAAAGGAAAGAGGAUGCAUUGCUCACACUCCUUGGAGACACUGGCAAAGCUAAGGCGAUCAGAUGAACCUUCUGCACAGGAGAAUGAUGUGAAGUUGCCAAUACUAGACAGCAACUCGCUGGAUGUAAUGACUGCUAAAAGUGUUAAAAGGGAAAAGACUGUGCCGUCGUCAAGUACCUCAGAUGUUGAAUCCAUUGGCGCUACCACUAUGAGUGAAACUACCUCAACUAGCACAUCCAGCCUGAGCAGCCCCAGCAAGACUCGCACAGGCCGCCUCUGGCCCAUCUCUCAGCCGCCUGUCAAGAGGCGUCGAGGGCGGCCGCGGCGAGCACUGCUUCCCCCCAACCCCGAGAUCCCCCAGGCCAAACACGCCUCCCCCCUCCUGCCAAACGCCCUGGAGUCUGGGCCUCUCCCGCGCCUCCACCCCACGGACAUCAUGCGGAGCCUGGACGCCAGUGUCCAGCUCAGCCACCUGAAGAGCUCCAUCAGCAGCUAUUUUGGCGCGGCUGGCCGAAUGGCCUGCGGCGAGAAGUAUCGCGUCCUGGCCCGUCGCAUCACCGACGACGGUAAAGUGCAGUACCUGGUCGAGUGGGAGGGUGUCACCGCCUCCUAGACUCAGAAGUCAACUGACGCCAUGUGCUUUGGUUUAACUUGGUAUGCUACUCGUAUUGGGGUAAGGGUAGUUUUGGUUUGUGGAAUGUAGAUGGUCAGUUGAGUGAUGUUUGAGUGGCUUCAGGACCACUGGACGAAGAGAGAGUUUGGACUGUGUGCCACAUGCCUUUGUGCCAUUAUACAUAAGGACUGCCUUGUAGACUGUAGAUGUCAAGGGGUCUGCACAUAAGAAGCUCAUAAGGAAUGACUGGAAGAAGGUGGCAAUUAAGGACAUACAAAAACAUAAGCAAUUCAUCAAUUCACUGCGAUCUUAAAAUCAAUGUCCCACCUACAUGCUUCUGAUGUGCAGAGCCCGAAGAGGUUAUAAAAUUGAUGCUGUAUGCUGCUGCAGACUAGAGUAUGUAUUGUUUUCUUUUUCAGUCAAAUAUUAUUUUCCUGUCAGGCUGAGUAAGCUUGGGAGAGAACAAUUUUCAAUAGGGCACUUUUAUGUACUUUUAAUUUCACUCACAAUCAAUUGCACAUUAGUUCAUCUUGUUCAUCCAGUAUUGUUGCAAACAGACUCAGGCCAGCCUUUGGAAAUUCUGUGGGUAUUUCUAACCUGACAUGCAAAAUUCAACUUUGUUUCCCUUUUAAGCUAUGGUAACAUUAUUAAACAGCAUUAAUUUCUAUAUUAGAACUGUUUGUUUGAGGGGUUACUCUGGACUUGUAUAAACAAUCAACUGGAUUAGACUUGCUAGUAAUAAGGAGAGCAUCUUUGAUCAUAUAGAAUUUGUAAGGAUUUCUGGAAUUUCAAGGAUUUGAAAAAUAUUAGCCUGUUUUAGUUUGAAUUCCAUAAAGACUGAGCACUAAAGCAUUAGAUGAAGGUCCCCUCAUUUUGCAUAAGGAAUUAUUGUUUAGCUGUGAUCUUUGGUUUUUAUCAAUUAACCUACACAAGACCCCUCAAACUUGAGAACUUUGCUGAAUAGUUGCUAUUGAUUGUCAUUUUGUUCAAGUAAAAUAUGCACACUAUUGACUUAGCUCAAGGAUCUUUUUAAUUUUUUUGUUAAAUUUUUUUUUUUCUUUCUUGAACUUUGUGUCCUACUUUUGUUUUCAUCCUAUGCAACUCAGUAGUCAAAAGACCUAUGUAUUUUUUUUAUUUUUUCUGCUUCGCAUAUCCACCUGCUUCAGGAAAACACAGCGGCAAUAUUUUUGUUACAACUGACUCAGGCUUUUUGAAAAUCUUGGUGCUAUUUAUUGCUUUGGAAAAUUGUGUACACUAACGAGGCGUUGUAGUAACAAGUCCCCUCAGGAUGCCUUUCAAUUCACUGUAAGAGCAGCAAGAAAGUCAAAUUAGAAUGUUCUAUGAAAAAAAUAUGCCCAAAUCUUUAAUGUCUUAUGAUGGUAUUUUCAUAUUUCAAGUGUUUUGUAGCGUUAAUUGGUAAGUUACUCAAACAUGGUUUUUGUAUGUGGUUUUAAGUCGAUUGGGUAGCAAAUUUAGAUUUUCAUAAAAUGCCCUUCAUUAGAAGAUGUUAUUCAACCACUGUGCAUAUUAGAACUGGUUUUUACUGUAAGGCGGGUUUUGGACUUCAACAGUGAUACCUCUUUUAUUUUGAUAUAUCGUUAUAUUAAGUAAUGUGUAUGAAACGCUUCUCAGUUGGUGUACCUGUGCUAGAUCCAUACAGCUUUCUUUUUCUUUUUUAAAUGGCUUUGAGCAGGCUUCUUUAGCCAAAGAAUAAAUCCAUAAA